AGGUCUCAGUAAUUAACAUGAAAGGAUAACUAACGUAAAGAGGAAAUUACCAAGCUAAUAGAAGGUUGAAAAUCAUCCACCAUUCCGGCGCGAAAACCUUCUUGCUCCGCCUGUGCUAUCUGUAGCUUGGAAGUAGCUUUGGGCGCCAGUAAUGGCGGUUUCAUCAACUCAUAGCAUUUCUGCGGUUCUUUCUACCCUGCGCACCCGAAACCGCCCCGCCAUUAACGAUCCGGUUUCGCGUCUCUCCAAUCCGGCUUCAAUCGGCUAUCUUCCCAGAAGCACUUAUCCCCGCCGCCCAUUCGUUAUAACCUUAUCUUACAAAUCCAACAAUGAGCUUCCACUUGACACGAAAAGACAGCUGCUCGAACAAUAUGGUCUUGAUCUAGACGAGUUUAUGUCCGAGCCUUCUCCAAAGCCAAAGAGGAGAAAAGAGCAGGCGAAGAACAGAAGGGGCAAGGCUGUUGUUCCUGAAGAAACCAAGCCUCCCCGGGAGACGCAUAGGUUGCUUCAGGUCUUGGCAGGGACGGCUCGACGGAAGAAGUUGCUCUCACCCAAGGGCAUGGAUGUACGUCCCAUGAUGGAAGUUGUUAAAGGUGCAGCAUUUGGCAUUUUGCAGGUGGCUGGUGGUUGCCCUGCAUCUUUGAGGCCUGGUCGGUGGUUAGACUUGUAUAGCGGUACAGGAUCUGUUGGUAUUGAAGCUAUCAGCAGAGGCUGUUCAGAGGUGCAUUUUGUUGAGAUGGAUCCUUGGGUAGUCUCAGAUAUUCUGCGCCCAAACUUAGAAUGGACUGGUUUCCUUGAUGCUUCAGUUAUACAUACUGUCCGUGUUGAAAACUUUUUGGAGCAAGCAGAACAUUUUGUUGGCAAAUAUGGGGCUUUUGACUAUAUUAGUGUCACGCCUCCAUACAUGGAAGUAGAUUAUGGCGUAUUGAUGAAUCAAGUUUCAAAAUCCUCAGUUGUGGGGGAGGAUACCUUCAUAGUAGUAGAGUACCCUUUAAGAACUGACAUGCCAGAUUCAUGUGGCGGCCUUCUGAAGAUAUCUGAUCGACGGUUUGGUCGAACACAUCUAGCCAUAUAUGGACCAAAGUGGGCACAAAAAAGACGAAAUCGAGGAAAGACUCCUAUGGCCAAAGUAGACACAGUCUGAUACAAGUAGAAAGUGGAUAUGGCAAUGUGCAAUUUUCUUUUGUGGAAGCCAUGUGCAUCUCAUACUAGACUUAAAAGGGGUGCGACCUGUAUUGCCGUCAAACAUGGCUAUAUUGGCAUGGUCAAUUACUUCUUUCGCACUUUUUACUAUCCUAGCUUUUUGAUGAGUAUGAGGAUCUACCGGUUGCCUAGGCAUAACAUUCUGAGCCAUUUGUGAGAAAGCAACAUUGUUAGUUUCUACUGAAAAUUUUAGUUUAGUAGCUGAUCUGUACCUAUAUAAAACACUUUCUUCAAUUCUGUAAGUUAUUAAUCAAAUUACCAUCACUUUUACAGUGUGCUGAUGUUCAGUGACACUCACUAUAAGGGAUUUAUCUGUUUUUAGUAGGAUGCUGCAAUGCAUUUUGGGUUCCAAGAGAGUUUCAUUGGCCCUUGCUUUAAUUAUGUAUAUUAGAACUAUUCCUGUAAAUGGUGUUUUGUGCUGAACAGCAUUUAGUACUUGUCGGUUUUUAUGA